ACCGAUUUAAAGUAGUACACUACGCGAUAACUCUAUUCUCUUAUAUCUCCGUCAUCGCAUCAAUUCCAAUUUUUGAACCUCUUCCAAAUUGUAACGUAUUCACUGCAAUUAUCGAAACUCAUCAACAUUGGACUACUCUGUUUGACUGUAAUCGGCCGAGACUUUGUAUUCGUGGCCUUUUGCCCGUGACGACAAACAAACUUUACUUUUCAAACGGGCUCCCUAUCAAACGAUCCUCUUCAACAAAUUUGGGGCUGAACUCAUCAUCCCAAAAGUUCCCAAAAAAUGAUUUGCCUUUCCAAAGCAGACGAAUCUUUCUACCAGCGCUUGACUUGGAAUCAAGCUCCUUCUCCUCUGGCAGCCAUGAAUACCACGCGCCAGGAUCUCAAUGGCAUCUCCAACCUCCGCGAGCAUGUUGAUGCUGGGCAGGAUGACGGAAGUGGAGGCACGAGUGGAAGUCUAUUGAAUUCACAUGAUGAAAGUAAUCAAGCGGGGAGUCAUCCUACAGAGCCCUUCCUGGGCUCUGAAAAGGAUGCGGGACGACUGUCCCGUAUCUCGGGACUGUCCUCGUAUCUCAAGACGGUAGAUGGUGGUGAUGACCAAAUCCGUCUUCAUCGAGGCACCCUCUCGUCAUGUGCCUCGCACAUCUGGAGCUGGACCGUCUGGGUCCUCUCUGUUCUUGUUGUCUCGACGAUCAUCUCAUCCUGGAACUCCCCUGCCUCUGCGCCUGCUGCCAUGACUUCAACCCCCAAGGCCCAUGAGUCGAUUCCUGUUCAGGUCUCGCCUCUCCGCAAGCGAAGCACCUGCGAGACUGGAGGUGUCAACAAGGCUGAAUACAACACUCCUCUCCAUGUUGGAGCCUUGUUCAUCAUCCUGUGCGUUUCGACGCUUGCUUGCGCUUUCCCUAUCAUGGCUACCAAGUUCCCAGGUCUGAGGAUUCCGACUCGUUUCUUCUUUGCUGUACGCCAUUUCGGCACUGGCGUGCUGAUUGCUACGGCUUUUGUCCAUUUGCUCCCCACUGCUUUCAUCUCUCUCGGGGACCCUUGCCUGAGCAGCUUCUGGAACCAGGACUACCCUGCCAUGCCUGGUGCUAUUGCUCUUGCUGCCAUUUUCCUUGUCACUGUUAUUGAGAUGGUCUUUCACCCAUCUCGCCAUGUUUCACCUGCUGAGAUCACGUCUGGAACCGACAACGAUGCCAAGAAUGGCAACUCUAACAGUGGUGGGUGCAUGGGAGGCACAGGCAUGCUCCCCAUCCGGGAUAUGGGACCUAUUCGUGGACGAUCCUCCAGCAUUGGCCAGGGACUCUCUGUCUUGAACAGCAGAGAUGAACGAUUGGGGAAUCUGGAUGAAGAAGCUUGCGAAGAUGACGACAACGCCCAAUCUGGAAGAAAGAACCUCGAGGAGACGAGCCUCGAGGCUGUACAGAUGCCAAGCUUGACCCCAGAGCAGCAGCAACGUAAGGAGCUCCUCCAGUGUGUCUUGCUCGAGCUUGGUAUUCUCUUCCAUAGUGUCUUUAUCGGCAUGGCGCUCAGCGUUUCGAUUGGCAACGAAUUCAUUAUUCUGCUCAUUGCCAUUAUCUUUCACCAAACCUUUGAAGGAUUGGCUCUAGGCUCUCGAAUCGCCUCCGUCAAGUGGCCUCAAGGCAAGAUGCAGCCUUGGUUCAUGGCCCUUGCCUAUGGAUGCACUACUCCUCUGGGGCAAGCUAUCGGCCUUGCUACCCACACACUCUACAGCCCCAACUCCGAAAUUGGCCUCAUUGUUGUUGGUGUCAUGAAUGCCAUUUCGGCUGGACUUCUCACCUUUGCCUCGCUGGUUGAGCUUCUUUCUCAAGACUUCCUCAGUGACGAAAGCUGGCGAUUCCUCCGCGGUCGUAAGCGUAUCUAUGCUUGCCUUUUGGUGUUCUUCGGGGCUUUCUUCAUGAGUCUCGUGGGUGCUUGGGCCUAAUCGGCUUACUGGUCUACUCGAACCUGACUUGCGUGCUUGAUGCUUCAAGAAUGCCAUGUUAGGAUACGAUCAUUUGUGAUCAUGGCCCUUGCCGGUUGUAUGGCCGAAUUCUUGGUAAUAUUAUCGAUCCUUUCUGCAUACAUCCGUUCAGGGCCCUUCUUUUCUCUUCUUUUCUUGGCUGAUAGUGAUUGGUUUAUUGUAAAGCCGGAUACAUUAUCAUCUCUGCCAAGGUUCGCUUCUGUUCCAACGACCGUGCUGCCCUUUUUACCCUACUAGAGUAAUAUCUAAGUAGGUUCGUGGAGUACAAACCACCCUCCUUAUAUGUAUGCUACAAAAGAAAAAACAAACAUCUUGGCUAUAUGCCAUAUUGUCUAGGCUGUCAGGAUUGUCUUGGAUUGAGCUUAAAAUACACACACUCAUUUGAACAAACCACGAUGGUAAUUAUUCUCUCAAAACAACAACACGACG